CGCACCCGAAGUCGCAUCCUUUGAAUCAUAUGGCGGGACCUCAUAAUGCACUUCGAACAAAACUGAUUGGAAAUAUGGAGAAUAACAGCGGCCACUGGGAAUCUUAAUGGGACAAGUGGAAUAAUCGGUCAGUUAUGCUAGGAAUUUUAAGACAUUUUGAAUAAAAAUGCCUUUUCAUAAGCGUAUAACAGUGCCCCAGCGCCUGUGCAGGUUGAACAAGAAACGUUAUAGUUAUGAUGCAGGACAAUCUGACUGCAGUGUUUUAAAUUCGAAAUUAUGGACAUCUUUGAAUGAUGUUAGUGGUGAAACUAUGAUAAAUAUACUCCAUCAGCUCUCCGAUCUGUCGCGACAUGCAUGCAGCAUAUUUGUGGAGAUACAGAACGAGGCGGAUUUGGUCAUUCACAGGACAACAAGACUACAGCAGCGACUGGACAAUCUGCAGAACACAGUCCGAAAACUCGGCCACAAGAAGAUAACACUCCCUGUGUCCAGCGUGGAUGAGGAGAGCAAGUGGUCAGUACAUUACACAGCUCCGUGGCGUCAGCAGGAGAACAUCUUCCUGCCAGGGAGCAGACCACCCUGUGUGGAGGAACUGCACCACCAGGCCAAGGUCAACCUGAAAACCGUCCUCCGAGAAUGUGACAAACUGAGGAAAGAUGGCUUCCGCAGCUCCCAGUACUACUCUCAAGGCCCGACAUUCUCCUUGCCCAUCCCCUCCAAUGGCUGCCAGGACCAAGAUGAGAAAGAUAAGAAGAAGUCCUCAGAGUCAUCAGUGACAGACAGCACGCUGCUAUACCCCGUGACUCCACAGACCGCUCUGCUGAAUGCCGCGUGGGACGAGAACACAGAGAGAGUCUGGAGCAAGAGUCUGCCCUUGCCCACACCAGAAGAGAGGAUGAGGCAGCGUGCCCAGGCUGUGGCGAGCCGUGUAGUUCCCAUCAACAUCACAGGUGAGAGCUUUGACCGGCAAGCAAGUUUCCGCCGUACCUUAAUUAACACUGAUACACUUAUACGGAGAUCAAAGAAGGUAAAACGAAGGAAGACAAUUACAGGAGUUCCUGACAACAUUCAGAGGGAAAUAGCCACUAAAGGACAAACUGAGCUCAGAAUUCAGUCCAUGUACAUGCCCAGCCAGUACUCCACCCUUGGCCAAGUGGGCAGUACCAACUCUACCCUGAAACACUCAGACACGCGUGACUCUGGCUGUCAGACAGACGAAGUGCGGAUUGUGCAGCCCUCAAUGCGCAGGAUUCGGGCCCAGCGGGGUCAUGGCAUUGCUGUUCAAAUUGCCAGUGUCUCCCCCUCCACCUCAAGCAGCAUCUCCAACAUGAGUGACCGCAGUGGUGCUCUUCAUUCCACACAGCAUAACGGCAGUGAGCGGGGCUUUCACAGUCUGCCUCGACAAGGAACUUCAAUCAACGCUCAGCAGCACGAGCCCAAGCACAGCAGUUCCCCCUACAAGAUGAUCAAUGGCUCCACAAGCUCGUUACCUUACCUGCUUAACUUGCAGCAUGUCAGCCCAGCAACACAGCACAUGUUAUCCCAUUCCAGAACAAAUACGUCUCUCGGUUCCAAAUCUCCCGAAUUCCAGCGUUUUCAGAACGGACAGCACACUAUAACACGAGACUACAUGGUUGCCGGUCACAAUAACAGUCCGACCUCAUUCUGUCCCAGUAAUAAUCUACUGAACUCCAGUGACUUUAGUUCAAGCCACUUAGCACAAAGCUUUGGCACAGAAGAGAUCUUGUUAAAGCCUGUGUCAUCUUGUCCCUCUGACCACUCAUUCAGCACCGCUGGUACCUCUGCUGCCUCCUCUCGCUGCCAGUCCCCGGCCUCCCUCCAUAUAGCCACCCACACAGAGACUGAGUCCCAGUGUAGCACGCUUGAUGGAAGAAACUGCAACAGUCCCAGUGGUGUGUCAGAGAGCAGCACUCAGAGCUGCAGCACCCUGACCUCUGACCAGUGGACAUAUGAGUCUCCUCCAAAGGGCCCACGUGUCUCCAAUUGCUCCUCGCCUGUCGGUCAGGUCUACAACAGCCUGGAGUGUUCACCCAGCAAGACAGAUUCCAGCUCGCUGUAUUCGGUUGACACAGAGGGGUACUAUACUUCCAUGCAUCAGGACUCAGGUCUUAAGUCCAUUAGCCAUGGUUAUAUCAAUAAGUCAGGUACAUCGAAACGCGAUUUGUAUGAAUGCAGGGAGCACCACAGCCAGUGUGACCACGCAAGUCUACACAGCAACCGGUCUCUGACACGCAGCAUUUCCUUGCGGAAAGCUAAAAAGCCCCCGCUCCCUCCGAAAAGGACUGACUCUUUGCGGCGCAAACCCCAUCAAAAUCCCCAGCACAGCGAGACGGCCCUUAAUGAGCAGCUGAUCUCCAGCCUCCAGGAGUCUCUGGAAAGCCACAGUGUAACACUCUCUGGCAUACUGCCCUGCAGUGGAUUUGAGGAUCCAUGGGUUGUGCGUCCCAGGAGCCAGAGCACGGUCAGCACAGCAAGCAGUGGACUGUCAGCACCAGCUGCUGUGUGUCCAGUCACACCCACACACAGCGAUGGUGAUAGCCAGCGCUCAGAAUUUGCAGAAUCAUGGGACUUUUGCAUGGACUUCCCACGCUCACGAUCUGAGCAAGGUCCACCCUCCCCAGCUGUAAGGUCAGUAAAUGUUGGAGAAGGUGCAGGAGGAUUCGCCAGUGCAUCUCAAAAUAACGGAUUUCCAUUAGCUGAUUGUAGUAGUACCAGCGUAAAGUCAAAGAUGGCUAUAUCGCCAGACAAGGUACCACAAGUGGCUUCACCAUCAAGUGGUUAUUCAAGCCAGUCAAUUACACCAACUGGAGGUACACCAGUAACAUCUCUUCUGAGAGCCAAAUCUCCAGCAGGAAAGCCAAAACCAAAAGUCCCUGAGAGGAAGUCCUCCCUGCGGUCCUCCUCUUCCUCUACAUCCCUGUGCUCAAACACUUCAGAUUCAAUCAGGAACCUUCCCACACCUCCACCCCUACCUACAACUUUGCAUGGAUUAUUUGAGUCGAUUUCAAUUACACCUGUGUCCAGCUCUGUCACAGCAUCAAAGGCAUCCAUAACCCCACCACCACCACCACCUCUUCUGGCUAUAUCUUCCACACUAGGGAAUAAGAAAAGUGCAACCUCACUUUUGCCACCAACACCAGAGAAAUGUAAAACAUCCAAUACUUUUCCUGGCCUGCGCUCUCCUCUUUCAGACGUCUCAGAUUCUCUGUUGAUGAGUGGAAAUACAAUAAGUCUUGUACGACCCUCACCAACUCCUUCACUUGCUCUUCCAGUGCCGUGUGCUCCUGCCUCACCUCCCACACCACCCUUAGCUGGGACAAAUGUUCAAGCAGUUACCCCUGUAAAAACAGCAAAUCCUAUGAUAUCUGUGGAAAGUGUGGAAGCAGAGAAACGUCAGAGACCACAAAUCACAGCCCAAGCUCUUCAGAUGGUACAGCUCCGACCAAUAAAACUCACAAAGUUGGAAAGCAUGUUCUCAGAUAUUAUUACAACUGAGUGUGCUCGUGUGGAUAAACACCAGAGGCAAGAAUCCAGAAGGAGUUUAGACAAACCUGCUGAAACAGAGGUUCUAGAAAACAUAAUCACUCUAGAUUUUGUCAGUCCACUAGAGAGAACAUCAACAUUUCCUGUGGAGGAGUUGUUGGGAACACCUAACAUGCAACCCUCUGCUUCAAGUGAACCAGUUAGGAAUACGCAGUCUGAUGAGAAUAUUCUAGCACUUUCUAUCAAUUCAAAACCUUCAAGUACACCUCUUUCUUUCUACAAUCCUCUACAAUCCACCACUUCCCCAGUUAAACUUCAAAGCAUUCACAAAGAGCAGAAGCCUCCUAUAUCACCUAAGAGGUCCGGUCUUUCUCUGAUUAUACCACCCAUCCUGUAUCAGCCUGUUUUCAGCCUGAAUGAUCUUGAGCCUCUUGAGGUUACUGGCCCAGAGGUGUCUUCAAAACUAGAGGCACUAAAUAGUACUUCUGACACAGAUAGCAUUAACAUGCAGGAGAUUCCAUUACAAGUGCAAAUAGAGAGUGAUUCUGGAAAUUCUACUCCAGUGGGCCCCUGCAGCCUCUCUCUCAGCACAACGUUUUCCUCAGACAGUCUGAAUGAUCCUCAGCUCCCUGCCCUGGUCCUCAGUGAGCAGGACCUUGGAUUAAGUGAUAAUGACCUUGGGCUAAGUGAUGACAAAAGCAUUUCAGAUGAUGGGUCAAGCAGCACCUCAGGAUCAAUUAUCUUCAAAGAUGAGGAAAAUGGUGCUGUGUUUGACUCCGGCACAGAUAGCUCCUCUCCAACUUCCAGCCUGAACGGAGAAGCUGUCGACGAGAUGAUGACCCCUACUCGCCUGCGUACUACGGAGGACCUCUUUGCAGCCAUUCACAGGUCCAAGAGGAAAGUCCUGGGCCGCAGUGACGCUGAGGAAGAGCGCCCCCGAGGCAUGCUCCCCUCACCACCCGUCACCCCCACUGGCCCCUGCCCUGGCCUGCCUGGCAUGUCCCGUCAGAGUGGCUCUGCCCAGCGGGGUGUGCGUCGUUCUUCCACCAGCAACGACAGUUUCAAAGCCCUGCUCCUGAAAAAGGGCAGUCGGGCUGAACCCGGCUCUCGCAUGUCUGCCACUGACAUGCUCAAGCGUACCGAUCCCCGCCUCCACAGGGCUGACGUGGAGGCCACGCCCCCCGACGCCCCCUGCGCCUCACCGGGCCGUAGCCGGAGGGCGUGUGAGGAGUGGGCACGCACCGAGGGUGCCUUGCCCCGCCUCUCUCCCAGCCUGACACCCUCCAAGUAUGGCCGCUCCAGUACACCGCCCUCUGCUGCCAGCAGUCGGUAUAACAGCCGAAGUCGCAUCCCAAGUGGACCCAUGACUGUGAUCUGUGAGAGGGAAGGGGAACUAUCAGAGUCGGCAGAUGGCUGCCUCACUGUGGAGGUUCCCUUCUCCCUGUCUCUGGCCUCUGGUUUCACAAUGUGUGCACAGGGCAGCACUUAGAUCAGAAGUGUUCACAACAUGGAGAUUUUUCCACCCAGUAACAAUCAAAGAAGAAAAGGUCAUACAACCAUCAUCUCAGCUCCAGAAACCCUUGAGCACCGUGAUGUUGGUCAGUACACAAGCUUGUACUGGCCCAGGAAAGACACCGGAAGGGGGAGGUGGAUUUUACCACUAUUUUUGUUCUUCUCCCUAGGAAGUCUUUAAUUUUUCAAGUGAGAGCUUUGCCAACGUAUAAAAAAAUUGUUCUUUCUCCUUUGACAGGUUAGAAAAUGCAGGACUAAUGUAGGUUUCCUUUACUGAUAAGUUUUAGGAGGAAUGGAAGACGGUUUUUCAGUGUGGCUGGAUUGUGCCAAGGUUUUCCUGCCUCUCUGU